AUGGACAUCAACCUCUUCGGAAUACGCAUCCGCGAGUGGGCCUCGUACCACUACCCAGAGCUCUACAAGAUCGUCGGCGACCAAUACAAAUAUAAAUCAUCGAAGGCGAAGAAAAGGUUUCUGAAAUCGUCGAGGCUGCUCGCACAUCUAUGGGCAUGGACAUUUCCGGAUCUGGAUCUGAUGAACAUUGAAAGAUUCGCUGCCCGUGUCGCAUCACUUACCGAGUACCGUCAGCGUCUCCACGGAUAUAUCAAGGACCGUAUGCACAGCUGCGCUCCGUCACUUUCGGCCCUCGUUGGCGAGCAGGUCGGUGCUCGUCUGAUCUCACAUGCCGGAUCUCUAACAAACCUCGCCAAGUUCCCCCGCCUCAACUAUUCAAAUCCUCGCCAACACGCCCAAGUACGGACUGCUGUUCCACUCACCUUCAUCGGACGCGCCGCCGCCAAGAACAAGGGUCGCAUCUCGCGAUUCCUGGCCAACAAGUUCCCGUCGAAACUUUCGGAGAAACUGCGCGCGCACAAGUUGAAGAGCGACUCCGUUACUUCGAGACCUGGAGAGGUCCCCGCCAAAAACAUUGACGUGAUGAAGGCAGCUGAAGAGGAAGCAGUAGGCACCUGCACCAAGGAAGAAGCCGACGAGCCGCCGCCGAAGAAAAAGAAGAAGAGCGCCGUUGCUGGGACGCCGGACGAGGAGAUGGAAAACGACGAGCCAGAUGAGCUGUUCAACCCGAUGGUGUUGCUCGCCGAGGAAGACUUCACCGAGGAGGAUCGCGAAGAGAUACGCGCGUUUGCCGACGAUGACGCGGCCAGACAACGACGACCAUAUCCGCUGCUCUAUUUGGCCGUCGGCAUCUGGCUGGUCGGCCACGUGCUCACCCGC